CGGACCAGCUGCCUCGCCCGUGCCUGGACAACCCGUGGCCGGAGCUCAACCGCCUCCGCCGGUCAGUGGUGCACAGGCGCAACAUCAGCAACAACCCCCACAGCAGCCACCUUCGACAAUUGCACCAGGAGCCAGCGGUGGCUAUCCAUCGCCUGCAACACAACCACCACAAUCGGCUGCUGAUUACUAUCGGCAACAGCAAGAGCAGGCUCUUCCGUACCCGCAACCCAAUCAACCACGACGUCAUCCGGACUUUGAAAAGGGUCAACAACCUUAUCCGCCAUACCAGCAGCGACCACAAAUGUACCCAGGAGGUUGGCAGACUGGACCGGGAGGGCAGUACCGUGGGCAAUAUCCACCACAAAGCCCCCAGCAACAGCAGCAGCAAUGGACGCACAAUGGACCGCGCCCGACUAGUGGUGGUCCACCUGGCAGUGGAGGGCCUCCGGGAAGUGGUGUUCCACCGGGUGUUCCUGGACCUGGAGGUGCACCACCAAACCAAUGGGGAGCAGCCGAUGUCAAUCGUUAUCCGCCCAACCAACAGCAACAACCACCCUAUCCGACCCAUCAGCAGGGACAACAGCAACCUUGGAAUCAAAUGCCUCCGACGGCACAGAGCUCACCGUUACGUCCACCAAUGCGGGGAGGUAAACCGUACCCACCGAUGGCAGGUGUUGCCGGUGGUCCGCCAGGUGUUCCACCGGGUACUAUGCCGCCAGGUAUGCCACCGACUAGCUCCGGAAGUAUGCCACCCCAAUCGGUUCCACCGGGCGUACCAGUUAGCAGUGCUGCCGGACCGGGAGGUAGUCUAGUUGGAUCUCCGAUCGGUACUAGCGGCAAUGGUGUCGCAACUGCCGCCAGUGGUCCAAUGCCUUCAGUUGUACCCGGUGCAGGCGCACCCGGAGUGGCUGGCUCUCAACCUCCUUCCGUUGCAUCGACACAGGCCAGCUCAGCACCGGCCAUACCAGGGAAACCGUCAAUGCCGGCUGGUGGUGUUAGUGGAGGUCCGGUUCCAGGGCAACCUGGUGGACCCUAUCAACCUCAGUCGCAGCAGCAGCAGCAACCACUGCAACAACAGCAGCCACAGCAGCAGCAGCAACAGCAGCAACCUCAAACCACUGGCCCCGGUGGCGUUCAGCAGAAGCGUGAUAUCGUGUUCCCGGGCGACAGCGUCGAGGCAACGACACCUGUUCUGUACCGAAGGAAACGGAUUACCAAGCUAGACAUUGGACAAACGGAUGCGUGGCGAAUAUUUAUGGCCCUGCGUUCGGGGCUCCUCGUGGAAAGCACGUGGGCACUGGAUGUGCUGAACAUUCUGCUGUUCGAUGACUCUUCGGUCGCCUUUUUCGGUUUGGCGCACAUGCCCGGUCUGCUGAAUCUGCUGCUCGAUCAUUUCCAGAAAAGUCUCUUCGAAAUGUUCGAUCGUGAAGGAGGACCGGGAACGAAAGGUGGUAGCAAAGCCAUUGGCGGAGCGGGAACUGCUAGCAGUGGAAGUCGAUGGUUUGGACUGGAAGGUGACUAUGUGCUUACGGAUCGUGAAUCUAGUGAAGAAGAUAGUGUCGAUGAACGGCGACGAUCACCACCCGCGAGCGGAGGAUGCCGGGCCGGUAAGGAUGGCUCGACGACGGCGUCGAUGCUGGAGGUUACCAAAACUGAAUCGUUAACGAUACACCUGGUAGAAGGCGCGGGAGCAAGUGGCACCAAUGUUAAGCAGGAACCGAAACCCCACGAAAACGGUCCUACGAAUGGAACCCCUCCGCACCAUCAUCAGCAUAAUGGUGUCAUUAGUAAUGGUGCCUGUGGUGGUACCGGCGGCGGAGUUGGUCGGUUUGCUGGAGGACGGAAACGAGCUGUGGUUUCACCAGCGGCUUCACAACACCACCACCAUUACCAUCAUCACUAUUCGUCGGCCGCGGCUCGGCGAUUACCGGUGAGGCGAAGGCGACGACGCAAUUCUAUUGUGAUGGACGAGGAUGGCGAAGGUAGCGAUAAUGUAGAGCAAAGCUAUGGGUUGUUGAUAGCGGGCGACGAUGAAGAAGAAGAAGAAGAGCUGGAGCUGGAUCUGGGAUCGGUCAAGAAUCCACCGAAUCCGGAAGAACGGACCUUGAUCCUGACAACGACGACGAACUAUACACUCACGACGCGUAAGGGUCGUCCUGUCAAGCUGCACUCGGCCGAGGAUGAUCUUUUCGUGUUGACACACCUUCGCGACUGGGACCGUGCGUCCGAUUAUCAGUACCAGCGCGAUACGGAGGUCGGUGGCGAUCCCUGGACGGCAGGCCACACGGAUCCGGAGCCGCACAACUACAUCAUGGACACGUUCCGGGCCGAGUUUGUUAACAUUCCAUUUGCGAAAUAUAUCAAAACGAGCAAAAAGUACGCAGCCGCCGCCGCCGAAGCAGCUAAGUUGGCAUCCAUGGCCGAGAAGAAAAAGAAGAAGCCAACGAUGGCCGAAAAGAGCCUCAACCACAUCAACAACAACAACUGUAACAACACGAACAACAACAACAGUGAUAAGUGCGUAAGCAAAAAUGAUGCCGAAGAGCAGCAGCAGCAGCAGAAUGUAAUUAACUCAAUAUCAUCUAGUGCGUCUAUUAUUGGUGCAUCUUCUCCGAAAAAGACAUCUGAACAAGAUCACAAUGAUGUUGUAACGGUACCACCGACGGUAGCUUCGGCGAUGGAGGUGGACGAAGAAGAAACCGUUUCACCGGCGAAACGAAGAAAAGAGGAACAGCCGCCGUCAAACUCAUCGUCAUCCCCUCCGGCUACGGCUGCGGUGCCAUCGUUACGCACGCGCAAAGACCACGCAGCGCGGCUUCUCGUGAAUGGUGAAAGUGAGGAGGAUGAUACGCUGACAACUGUCGAAGGUGGUAAGAAGGGUGCUGGACUGAAGAACUGUAUCGUUUCCGCUGUGAAGCAGGAGAAAUCAGAGGAAGGCGAUGUCGGCGAAAGGAAGCAGCAGGAAUCAUCACGACCGCAGAGAACACCGUCGUCGAAGCGGAAUAGUUCGGAUGCGGCCUCGAUUGAUGCCGAUUGUCGUGAGAUCGAUAUGGAGCUGGAAAAGUGUCCCAACCUUUCAAACGGACCGCAGGAGGAAGGGGCAUUGAAGAAAAAAGCGAAUGUUGGCGGAGAACGUGAUGAACCGUCAGUACCAGUGUCUUCAAUCGGUGAUAAAAGUGAUAAAAAUAGUUCGCCGGUGAAGAAAGAGCGUAGCACUGCUGCCGAGGAGGAGAAGGAAGCCAAGGAGCCCAAGAAGGAGGAUGCCGCUGAUACCGCGAUGAAAAUGGAAGUAGAUGAUGAAGAGGAUGAAGAAGAGGAGGGAGGGAACGAUGGGGCGGAAAAGAAGAAGGAAACUCUUGUUCUAGAGAAGGCACAGGAAGAGGACGAGGAAGAGGAAGAGGAAGAGACACCGUUCAGUAUAGCAGCAACGGUGCGCGAUCCGGCACGUGUUCUCAAGCGGCGACGGAUGAGUGAUUACGAGGACGAAUGCUAUACGCGUGACGAGGCCAGCCUGUAUCUCGUGACGGAAGGGCAGGAUGCACUGGCCCGACGUUGCGUCGCCAUCUCGAACAUCCUGCGCAACCUUUCCUUUCUGCCAAACAAUGAGACUGAGUUUUCGAAAUCGUCCCGCUUCCUGGCGAUCCUCGGCAAGCUGCUGCUGCUGCACCAUGAGCACCCGAUGCGCACGAAGAAGACACGUAACUACGAUCGGGAAGAGGAUGCCGACUUUUCCGAUUCGUGUAGCAGUCUGCAGGGUGAGCAUGAGUGGUGGUGGGAUUUCUUGGUUCAGAUCCGAGAGAACAUGCUCGUCGCGACGGCCAACAUCUCCGGGCAGCUCGAUUUAUCGCGCUUCGACGAACCGAUCUCGAGGCCUAUCUUGGAUGGGCUAUUACACUGGGCCGUCUGCCCGUCGGCUCACGGACAGGAUCCAUUCUCAACGCUUGGUCCCAACGCGGUCAUAUCUCCCCAGCGACUGGCACUGGAGGCGCUCUGUAAGCUGUGCGUAACGGACGCCAAUGUGGAUCUUGUGAUAGCGACGCCACCGUUCUCGCGACUCGAAAAGCUCUGCACCGUGCUGACGCGCCACCUGUGCAAGAACGAGGAUCAGGUGUUGCGAGAAUUCUCGGUCAAUCUGCUACACUACUUGGCUGCGGCUGACAGUUCUAUGGCGCGAACGGUCGCGAUGCAGUCACCGUGCGUUUCGUAUCUCGUCGCGUUCAUCGAGCAAGCCGAACAAACGGCGCUCGGUGUAGCGAAUCAGCAUGGUAUUACCUUUUUGCGGGACAAUCCCGACUCGAUGGGUACGAGCUUGGAUAUGUUGCGGCGUGCCGCCGGCACACUGCUCCAUCUGGCCAAGCAUCCCGACAAUAGGCCGCUCUUUAUGCAGCAGGAGCAACGGUUACUGGGGCUUGUGAUGAGCCACAUUCUUGAUCAGCAAGUUGCGCUCAUCAUCUCCCGGGUGCUCUACCAGUGUUCCCGGGGGACGGGUCCACUGACGACGAUGGAGAUCGAGUCUGGUUCCUCCGUCAGCACUCUCCGAAGGACACAGAAGGAUGUUUCAACCACUUCUAGUGCCGUUGCAACCGUAGCAAUAACAGCGGCAACAGCAGCCGCAGCUACAGCAACGUUAAGCAACACAUUAGCAGCGACAGCAUCAGCAGACACGAAAUCGCUUGCGGCGGUUGUCAGUGAAAAGAGUCCUAAGGCUGGUCUGGUCGACCACACCGGUUCAUCGAGCACUACUGGCUCCGGUAAUGGUGCUUCUCCAGCCGUUGUCGUCAAUGGCACGCUCGGGGGUUCUGAAGAGACUAUCCUCGGUUCCUCACCAACAUCACCCGCUGUUGCUGCGGCGGGGUCUAGUGAGUCUACUACUAGCGUUACCAGCUGUGUUGAUGCUGCCAAACAAAGUGCCGUCAGCAGUAGCCCGUCGCCCAGUAAUAGUAGUAGCAGCAAUGGCAAGGAUGACGAGCCAGCUACCGCUGAAGAACACAGCUCAGUGACGACGUGUUGCUCUUCAACAUCUAGUACUACGUCGUCGACUACGACGGGGGCAACGAUUGGCGGGAAUGGUAGCAACACCUCGGCGGCCGCAUUGACAAAUGCAUCGACCACAGGUACCAGUGCUGGUGCCGGUUCCUCCUCGCCAUCUGUAGCGACCGCUGUACCACCACAGCAGUCACAACAGCAACCGAUUACUGCUUCAUCGUAGUGGACGAGCAAGGAUGGAGGGGAACAGGAGGAAGGUGGUAUACGUAGAGUAGCACGACGACUUCUUCGCUGCCGUCAUAGCGGAAGCGGUAGUAGUAGUGACCAAACAGCAACAGCAACAACUAUAAAGCCAUCGGCUUCCACCUGGAAGCAAGCGCGAAGAGGAGGGAAAACCAAGAAAGUGUCUCGCGGUACCGCUGGUGGUUCAUCUUGUAAAUGAAUACUUACCCCGAACUCUAUCUAAGAAACUGUAUGUACAUUUACAUAUUCUAGUUUAACAUAAGAGCUAAUAGUAAGGUAAGGCCGCCGCAGACAAAGACAAAUCCUACAGUACCGUGCAUAAGGACUGAACGGCAAGAUGUUGGAAUUAUUGGAAAAAUUAGAAACGUUGGAAUCAACACAAAAGUAGUCACAAACGAAUCACACAACAUGAAUAGCGAACAAAGCGAUUGGCCUCAUACACAAUACAACACAAUUUUAUAAAAAAAAAAAAAACUAGAAAACGAGUGCAAAUGGACUUUCAUCAUGGUUUAAAUUAUUGACUGCGGAGAAACGUAUCAUAUACGCUCUUUGCAAAAGCGAAGGAUAGAACGGAAUCAUUUGAAUGUUUCUGGUAUUUUAUCCUUUCCGUUAACAUCCAAGCUCCUUCCUUUAAAAUCAUUCGUUAGCAUGAAUCGUAUGGAAGGAAAAUAAAUAUCGAACGAAGUGAGCAUCAUAGAAAUGUGAAUAAGACAUGUAAAAUCAGUCUCUUACUGUUUUGAUCGAUCACUUGGGAACGGUAGUAGAAAUCAACAAAACUCCUCUCCGCUAUUAGCGAGUCUUAAACAAAUGUUCGUUCUGUACAGUUAUUUGUGGUGAAGCGUAUUUAGUUCAUUAAUGAAGGGGACUUUGUUUAGCGAGAUAAUAGAAAAAAAGAUAAAAAAUAGAAAAAAUAAAUCACAAAAUGAAAAUUAUAUUAACCACACAAAAUUGGACAGACUGAAGAACUCGACAGAACAAAGGACAGAGUAACGAGAAAAUAAAAUGAAAGGGAUAUAGAGUCACUUAGCAGGCGUGCUUGCGUUGCUCUACUUUAGUAGCAUCCAACCAUGGUUUACUGAUUUUGUUUGGUCGAGCUGUAUUGCAUUUUUUGCAAUUGAAUAAACCUAUAUAGUGUUCACAUACUAUCUUUCGUUUACAUAAAGCUGUUCACUGUUGCCCUAGGGUAUGAAAAGUGCAAUGCUUGAAAAGUAUUACCAAUGCACUGAAUAGCAGCAGUUUUGCUUAACUGCAUUCAGCUGACUGAUCGUGGCCGCUUGAGAAGUUUUUCUUUUCAUUGAGGUUGUUUUUUCUUUCCUUGUUAGUAGGAAAAACAUAGUGAACACGCAGAAAAUGGACAUAUACUCACACAAUCGCAAACAAUAGACAAAUCAUCUCACUUCAAAAGACAUGAUUUGUAGUGUUGAGCGGCAAACGUUUAGUAAAUGGAUUAAAGAAGGUAAAUUUAAAAGUUUAAACAAAAGAGUUAGUAAAACGGGAAGCAAAACGCGUACGCGUGUUAAAACGAGUUUGUAUAUAGUAGCCGUAAGCUGCUGGAAUCGCGAGAAAACAAGUUAGAACAACACAAGGAAACAUUUAAAGCAACAAACGCCAGCCAAGGACGUUGGUAGGAUGGAAUCACCCGUUACAAUAACAAUAGUGCAAGAGCAAAAAGUGCAUUCAAGAUGCAUGAUGUACCGUGAAAACAAAAUAUGCACAGCCAAGCAAAACAGGCCAGAAAAGGAAGAAAAGGGUUAGAACAAACAAACAUGAUGUUUUCUAGCUCUUCGGUUAAAUGGUGUUACUUUAGUGUAGAUCAAAAUCUCUCUCUAUCUCUCUUCCCUUUCCCCCCUCUAUUUAAGUAGCGGGGAUAGCCGGGCCUUGUUAUAGGCACACACAUACACACGCAAGGGUUAUUUAAUUGUGGUCAUGCAAGGUGUAGAAUUUAAACGAAGUGAUUGGAGGAAGAGACAUAUUUUACAAAAGAAACAGAAUGGUGCGAAGUGUGUGUUCGCCACAUAUAUGCUGCUCGUCAAAUGCAAAACCGUAACACAUUCCAUCUGACGGGUGGCGGUGAUGUUGGUGUUGGUGCUGAUGGGAUACGAUCGAUUGUGCCCGGGAGUGGGUUGCUUUUGAUCCGAACCAUCAUUUUGACUGCCCUCUCCUCUUUGAUUCCUACUCGUCAGGUACUCGUGCGUGCUUGUGGUGGGCAUUCAUGUAGUACGAUGACAGAGGAAACAGUGGUGCGGAGGCGGUGAAAAGUUGGUUCGAUUGAUGCGAAACAUAGAUUUUUGCUGUAAAUAACACUUUCCGGAAAUAUUAGACACGCAUUUGCACCCGUCUCUCUCCUCUUCUUUCUCGUCCUAUGUCCUGGCCCAUUAUUAGGAAACCGAAUGAUAAACGAAAAAAGAAUCUCUUCGUCGUCACACUUGUUGAUGGCUUGUUUUGGCGAAAGCUGAAAAACGUGUGCUGUGGCUAGUGUUCCCAGAAUCGAAAAGAUUUGCUGCGCAAGAAACGCUAAUUAUUAGGAGCACGAAAAGGUUUUAUUUUGUGGAGCACUCCACAUUCGUGUCUGCUCACAAUUUCUUCUGCUUUUUAAAAUGAAAUCUGCAGAAUUUUCCUUUUUGCUAACAUGUUCCUUUUUAUUACUGGGAGCGUAAUGCCAAUCUGAUUGCAAUUCGAUGGUGCCGUCGCAUGCUGUUGUGACGAAGCAAAUUUUGUAAAUUAUUUAUUUUUAAGCCGACAGAAUUCCAUCGAAGGCAGCUAGUUGUAGGAUGGUAUCCUUGCCACGAUAGAAUCCUUGCUUGAUGGCACAAUCGCAACGAUAUACCCGCUACAUCUACCAUUACUUUUUAUGGGCGAGGUUCUGUUGUUUUAAAGAGCAAAGUUGUAUGAGCUUGCGUGAAUGCUACUUUUUUUUUAUUAGAUUUCCCAACCCAACUACGCAUUGUCUUGAAUUGACUACAUAAGCAGUUAAAAUCCUUCAUUCGCUGCGCAUUCGAAUACACGAAUACUUAUGGAGUGAUUAAAUUAUUAUUUCGGUUUUUCAACUAGUGAAAGGGUGUAGUGGAGCAAAAUAGCAGGGACCGGAAAGGAUAAGCUGCCUAGUGAUAGUGAGACAACCUACGCGUUAACAGCGUAUGCGCGCGUGUUUGUGUGUGUGCGUGUGUGUGUGUAUGUAAAUGUAUGUAGUAAUGCUUUCAGUAGAAAGAGCCUGGGUUCAACCCAAAAACGUGGGAAGUCGAUUAGAGAAGCAAACUAUACAUAUAUGUAAUUGAAUGUGUAUAUUGCAACAACAGCUAUCUAUCUAUAUAUAUACUGCACUAUAUUAGUAAGAGCAAACUGCAGCUGUGUAUAGCCAACUUAGUUUUCAAAAGAAUUGAAUAGUGAUAUUGCUACUUCUCCCUGGAUUAUCCUUUAAAGUAGCAAGGAGCAGCAGCAUUGUGGAUAGUAAGGAUGUAAAAAGGGCGCCUACAUGCGCGUGUAUGUGUGUGUCUCCAGAAACAAAUGUAUGUCUGCGGUAUGUAAAGUGUGUCUGUGAGUGUCGUGUGUUUGUGUGUAUGUGUGGGUGUGUGUGGGUGUUUGUUUAGUUUUAUCAAAAUGUUACGGGAAACCAGGGGCUUCAGCCACGUGCAGUAGAAUAAGACUAAUUUAAUUACACUUACAUGGUAGCGUAAGCACGUCAAAGAAAACAUUAGAAUGAUGCUUAGAUAGAACACAUAGCACCCCUGCUCACACAUACACACACACACACACAGACAUCCACGCACGCGUACACAGAAAAGGAAAUGGGCACAUAUGAUUGGCAAAACGCACUAAUAACAAGCGGAUGUUCAUUUGAUAUUUCAAUCGAGCAAGCCAACUGAAAAAUAUUGACAGCAUCAAGCUGAAGGAUCUUCUGGUUCUGGAAUUCGAAAACGAGUAAAAUAAAGCCCAACUCAUUGAAAGAGGGUAGUGCAGGUAGCAAGGGGAUUGUUCAGAAAUGGAAGAUAGGAGUACCCUCGAUUGUAUGUGUAUAGUGUAAUAGUAUACGUGCUACUGAAUGUGUAGAACAUGGCGUGGGGUUGGUCUGAAGGAGAAUGGUAAAUAGUCGGUGGUAUGGCUGGCAGUAUCCUACGAUUCCCUGCAGGAUAAUGCAACAAACCACAAACUAUGUUGCGGUUACGCAAGAAACCACAGCUACGUAACAAUGAAUUCCCCUUGGAAAAUAGCCGCCACUAGAGCGCGAGGAGGUGUCAUUGUUUCGACUGCGAAUUCAUUACAAAGAACAUCCUUUCUUUCUCCUCCUAUGCACUCCUGAUAAGGUAGUAAACGCAUGAUGUGCGCCACGAAUCACGUCGGAGUGUUAAAGGAGAGGGCACGUGUGGGGAAAACUAGCGCAAAACGCGAAAAUUGGCAUACCGUGGCGGCAAACAUUAAAGUAGUGUAUUCAAGUCAGUGAUUUGAGCAAUCGACAAAGCAGCAAACGAAACAAAGCGAUGAUGUUGUGUGGCAAAUAGGUGAAUAGCACACAGCCACGAGAAAAAGAAACGAACGAACAGGGAGAGCGCGCUCGCGUAGGAUGAAAAAUGCAGCGUGAAACUAUGCGUGCAGGCAAAAACAAAUUAUAUUAUGACCGAGCAACUAUUUGUAAUUACUAUUAUUGGUACAUAAAAGUAUAAAUACACUUAGUUUUUUUAAUUAAAAAUAAAAUUGAGAAAAAAUGGCAAACAAUAA